UAACAACCUUUUCAGAUGAUAGAGAUCUUACACCAAAACUUGGCAAUUUGUAGUUUCUUAAAGGGUUAGUUGCAUUCUAGAAUCUCAAACUGUAUGUAAAAAACUUUGGUCCCAUUACUUGAAAAUUCACUGGUCUUUCACUUCGAGUGGAUCCUUUGUUGAUGAAUCAUUUUGUGCCGUCAUACAUUGGUCCCUGGAAAUACCGGUUCUCCGACUCACACGGAUCUUGCAGAUGUUGAUACAGUACCAGGCACUCACGUGUCACCAGUAUCACUACUGAUCUUACCAGAAACUCUACACAUUGGAGAUACUUGCCAAGCUUUUUUUUUUUUCCUUGAAUGUGGUCCUUCGCAAUAAAUGCUGUUAUUUUUCUUGAAGUGACAGGCUCACUUUGCUCCUUUUUGGGAACAUGUCUGCUGUAGACACACUUCUGAAUAACCAGACUUUGCCAGUUGUUCCCUGAAAUGCAAAACCUCUUCCAUGAAAAAGGUGACGGGCAGCUUGCAGCCUGAGCAGUUGAGCAGGUGUCUCUCCUUCCCGCCCUCUCCACGCUUCUGUAUGCGGCAGGCGCAGUCUGCAGACUUGCAGUCACCCUGGAUACUACCAAGACGUGUGUUCAGGCUCAAGAUGGGAUGAAGUUGGUUGUGUUGCUGUGAGAGCGUGAAUUACCAAAGUAGCCCAUACAGAGAGAGAGCAGAACAGCCAAGAUUGGAUUCUGAAGUGAUUUGCCAUCGUGGAGUAAGAAAGAGGUGUGCAACAGAGGAACAUGGCUCAAGAAACUAAUCACAGCCAAGUGCCUAUGCUUUGUUCCACUGGCUGCGGAUUUUACGGAAACCCUCGUACGAAUGGCAUGUGUUCAGUGUGCUAUAAAGAACAUCUUCAAAGACAGAAUAGUAGUAAUGGUAGAAUAAGCCCACCUGCAGCUUCUGUCAGUAGUCUGUCUGAAUCUUUACCCGUCCAGUGCACAGACGGCAGCGUCCCGGAUGCCCAGUCACCGCUAGACUCCACGUCUGCAUCUGUGCAGCCAAGCCCUGUAUCAAAUCAGUCACUUUUAUCAGAAUCUGUAGCAUCUUCCCAAGUGGACAAUACAUCUGUGGACAAAGCAGGACCCGAAACAGAAGACCUGCAAGCUUCAGUAUCAGAUACGGCACAACAGCCAUCUGAAGAGCAAAGCAAGUCUCUUGAAAAACCAAAACAAAAAAAGAAUCGCUGUUUCAUGUGCAGGAAGAAAGUGGGACUUACUGGGUUUGAAUGCCGGUGUGGAAAUGUUUACUGUGGUGUGCAUCGUUACUCCGAUGUACACAAUUGCUCUUACAAUUACAAAGCUGAUGCUGCUGAGAAAAUCAGAAAAGAAAAUCCAGUAGUUGUUGGUGAAAAGAUCCAGAAGAUUUGAACUCCUGCUGGAAUACAAAAUCCUUUGACCAUCUGCAAACUAAAAAUUGACUUGAGGUUUUUUUUCCUAGUCAUUGGGAAUGUAGAGCAAUGUAUCUUGCAUAGACCUUUUAAUCAUGCAUGUCAUCAGAAGAAUAGAUUUUUGUUUUUGUUUUGAAAAUGACUCUGAACAUUUAUUUCCAUUGCAGUUUCUGUGGCUGAAAAGACUUUAAGUAAACUUCACAAGUAUUAUCCUUUUAAGAUCAUUUUAAUUUUAGUUGAGUGCAGAGGGCUUUUAUAACAAAUGUGGAGAAAUUUUGGAGGGCCGUGAUUUUUCCAGUAUUAAACAUGCAUGCGUUGAUCUUGCAGUUUAUUUUCUCAUUGUGUGUGUACAUAGCUUUUCUCUGCAGCACGAUCUCUGUCGAUGGCGCCCCUCAGGGCACAACUAGUUACCAGUCACUGAAUGUAUCUUCAUCCUUACGGCUGCUUCUGGGUUUUCAUUAACAAAGGUUCUGCAUAUGUUAGCCUAUGGUUUCUUUGCACCCACUAUUUAUGUCUGAAUCAUUUGUCACAGGAGAGUGUGUGCUGAUGAGAUUCUAAGUUUGUGUGUUUUUAAAUUUUUUUGAGCGAGGGAAGGAAAAGCUGUAUGCAUUUCAUUGCCGACUGCAGGUUUCUUUCAGAUUACGUUCAUCGGUCUGUGUGUAUACAAUAUGAAGAAUGAUCUGAAGUAAUUGUGCUGUAUUUAUGUUUACCCACCAGUCUUUGAUUAAAUAAAAAGGAAAACCAUAA